GAUUUUUCUUUUACUUAUAGGUGUUGUGAAGUGUUUUUGAUCUCCGAGCUCGGUGUAACAAGUGGGAAAACUUUUUUAAAAUGGAAAAGGUCAUGUUUCUUGCGAUGGUUCUUUUGGCGGUUUGUGCCGUAAAUUGCGGAGCUGCUUCUCUCCGUAGCGCUGCGGGCAAUUCUUCGGAUGAGAUUUCGGCGAAUUCAUCCAAGACUGCUGAAACGAAAAAUGGCACGGAUAUUCCGUUUGUGGUUGAGUCGAAGAAUGCCACAGAGGAGAGCAGCAAUGCCACGAAAUCUGCAUCGGAGAUGAUGGGAAAGGAGGAAGAUUCGCCGGUUGGGGUUGCAUUGUGAUCCUUACAGAAGUUUCCGCUCGUGUACCGGCUCCUGAACCCGAACCAGAGGCGGAACCUGAACCAGAACCCAGCCAUCACGAUGAAUCUGACGAACACCAUGACCACGACGAUGACGAUCAUCAUGAUCAUGGCCACAAAGGGGCAGAUCAUGACGACGAUGAUGACGAUGACGACCAUUACAAUAAGAAAGACAAGCAUUGAUUUUUCCAUGUCCAAAUCGACUUGAGCUUUGGGAAGAGUUUUUGAGAAAUAAGGUAUCCAGAGUUCCAUUUUUUUUCUAUGCUUUGUGUUGCUGGCGUUAAAAUCGGGAUUUUACAAUGGACGCGUUAUUACUUUCAUGAUCAACAUUUUUUCAAUGCGGUGUGUCUAUAAGAUUUUGCAAUGGAAAUACAGAUUUCUCACAACCAAACCGAUA